CACACACACACACACACACACACACACAAAAUUUAUUUUUAAUUAAAUCUUUAAAAAGAGUGACUCCAAUAAGCAACUUUGAAGAGGCACGUGCAACUUGUUACGCAUGCGCUCUAACUUCUCAAUGAUUGGCGUGUGCUUGUACUUUCUACUUUCCUUAACAACGGUCACCGGGGAGAUUAGAUUGGGAAGACGCUCCCUGCGGAUUGGCUGCCUCUUGCUUCACCGCCUGUGGAGAACCACUAGACGGGGCAGGUCCAGGCUUUGCAGUGGGAGAACUGGCUGUCCCAGAGCCUAGGCGAGAGAGCGCUUGAGUGUGGUUCAGAAGGACGAUGAUGAUCAGCCCCAAAUCCAGCCAGAUCCUGGGAGUUAAGAUGCAGUCGGAAUUUGAACAUCGCCCCAAGGUGCAGCAGGAACUUGAGAGGUGUCCCAGGUCGGAGGGUGGAUCGGCCAUGAGGACCGGAACAGACGUGCCGAUCGAGUGCACCGCAGAUGCGGCCACUACCUCUGUGGAAGUGGCUGAAGAUCCUGGAGCCAACUUGUUCCCGCCACCACUACCCCAGCCCCGGAUCUGUAUGUGGAAAUACCUGGACAUCCAUUCUAUGCACAGACUGGAGAAGGCGGCCACUGUGGAGGAGAUGAGAGAGGUUCUGGCUGAGCUCUUGGAACUUGGCUGUCCUGAGCAGAGCCUACGGGAUGCCAUUAUCUUGGACCUCUUUUCCCAUGCACUCAUCUUCUGCCGUCAGCAGGGCUUUUCACUAGAGCAGACAUCAGCAGCUUGUGCCUUGCUCCAAGAUCUUCACAAGGCCUGUGUUGCUACCCCUUUGGGCAAUGUGGAGGAAUGCUACCGCUACUUUACCAGUGUUCUCUUUUGCCAUGGAGUCAGGCGGCCCCCUUUUAGCAUCGACCUUUUUAAAGAGGAACAGCUGCUGGCGUUGGCAGACUAUGUGGUCAACACCUACUUCCGCCACUUCAAGCUCUACAAAUACGUCUUCACACCCCAGGUUCGGCUGGACCUAUCUUUGACUUACAUGGGGCUACAGCCACCGAAGCCCUGGCCAGAGGAGAAAGAUGGUGAGGUGGCAGCAGAGCAAGCAGCUACUCCACAGGAGGAAGAACCAGAAACUGUGAUCCAGCCAGAGCAACAGCCAAGCGAGGUGUGCAUCCUUCAAACCUAUAUCAAGACCCAGCUGAGCAAGGAGCUGAGGCAGCUCCAGCAGCUGGUGGAGGAGCGACUCAAGGACAGUGAGGAAAGGCUGAGCAGCAAACUGGCAGCCCUGGAGCGGCCCUAUCAGCCACCUCCCAGCAAAGGCAAGACAAAGACCAAGUGAUCCCCAGCAUCUUCUCCAAUAAAGACCUGGGCCAGAGC